AUGAAUCUUUGCUUACGACGAGCGCAGGUCUGGGUUAUCCCAGAGACCAACGAGGUCUUUACGAAUUAUGAACCAUACCUUCAGCGAAUGGAUUUUUACAAGCAAAAGCGAUUUAUUUGCGAGAUUACUGGUCAUUCGGGAUUGACAUUCUUCGAAGCCCUUAGGAGCGAACCAGCCACUGGCGACGUCCACCUUGACCGUCCCUCGUUCAGACCCGCUGAUAACUGGCAGGAAUUCAAGCAGGAUUUUUAUCCUGGGGAGCCCGUUUUGAUUCUGCUCGAGGACAACACCCGUCUCCAUGGCAUGAUCCGAGACAAGGCGAAUUUCGCGGAGCAGCGAUAUCCCGACGGAACGCUCAAAGCUCCAGCAUAUGCAACAUACCUUGUGAAAGUUUUGGAUCGUCCCAAUGAGGAGGCUUUGUUAGACCAGGACCACAUCACUCGUGACCGCAAGACGUUCACGAAGCAAAUGUUACGUGCUUUCAUCAAAAAUAACGUUACUAGGGAGUCUUGGAACGGAGCUCCGUGGCUAGUCAAACCGUCCGUCGCGGAAGAGUACAAGAUACCGACCGAGGUCCCCAAGCAUUUGCAGUAUGGUGCAAGGGUGGCUGAGAAAAAGGCGCAGAAAAAGGCUGAUCAGGAAGGAUUUUUUGGGUUCUUUUCAUCGCAGCAAUUGCCGGAGUUGAAGCCUGCAGCCAAGGGACAAAAAAAUAAACUCUCGCCUCAGGAUUUGGCGCGGUCGAAGGAGGCUCAGUACUUGGAGUAUCAACGCUCGCUCAAUGGGAAUCCCACCUUUGUUGUGUCCCAUAAGCUCCCCAACGCUCCCUCCCGCCCGCUGAAGCCCCAAGACGAAAAGAAGUCACAACCUGUUCCUACAGUCAUCGUCAAGACCGAGCCCCCCAAGCCGCCGACUCCACCUCCAAUUAAGUAUCCCAUCGAAGAUCUGGAAAUUCCACCGGAUCGCGAGAAGAAGAAGCAACGACCGCCGCUGAAAUUUCUUGCAGCCGAUGAAGAUGAUGAUCCUAAUGAUGAAGAGCUGUUGCAUGACAAGAUAGAAAUGCAAUCAGUGGGCCUGCUAUUGGAGACUUGGAACACUCUCAACGUUUACUGCGAAGUAUUCCAGCUAGACUCGUUCACAUUUGAUGAUUUCCUUCAGGCAAUGCGCUUUUCGUCGGAUGAAGUGGAAUGCGAACUUUUUGUGGAAAUCCAUUGUGCUGUCCUGAAGAAGCUCGUCAACGCCGAGAAUGAUGACGAAGGGGCCGUACAAGUCUCAUUGCCGGACCUUCCUGAUGUUGAAUCAGAUGAUUCUGAAGCUGAUGAGGAGGAUGAGGAGGAGGAGGAAAAGGAGCCGUCCCCGGAGCCUGAACCUGUUGUGACGAGAAUGACCACGCGAAGUAGCUUGGCCAAAGCGGAGGCGGAAAAUUUGAAAGCACAGGCGAAUCGUAGUCGUGCAAACUCAGAAGAUAUUAAAAUUCAUCGUGCAGCGGAGAUGUUUGGAGAUUACGGGUGGAUCGAACGUUUACGAAAACGAGAUUUCCGUCACGGUGGAUGGCAGAUGGUGAUGGUCGGCCUUCUGCAUCAACUGUCAGCCCGACCACGGAUGGAAAAGGUUUGCAACGACAUUUUGAAGCAUCUCGCGCCACUUGAUGCCGAGCCUACCCAAGAAACAGUGCAAUCCCAGUACGCCACGUUAAACGUCAAUCUGCGCGUCCAGGCUCUUCAAAUCAUCUGCAUUCUCAGCUUGGAAACGAAGGCUAUUCGAAACUACCUGGAGGAGUGCAGCAAUCAGAUGACCGAGUUCCGCAAGGAAAAGAUCGAGUAUCAGAGGGCUCGGAAAGUAGCGCUCGAGGAACUCCGUCGAUUGCAUCAAGAGCGGAAGGCGCUCCAACCGGAGCAAGAAAAGUCACCGUCCCCAGUGCCUGAAUUAGAAGCUUUGGAAGAUUCUAAAAUGUCAGGCGUGGACGGCGACUCUGAGCAGGUCAUGGAUACCGAGGAUGACGAUGUGCCACAGCAACGGUCGCUCCGCGGAGGUUUAGACAGAAUUCUUGAACGAAAGCGAAAACAGGAAGAGGAGCGGGAGAGAAAGGAGCAACUGGCCAAGCAGCCAAAAGGAUCGAAGCAGUACCAAAGGGUCUUGAAGAAAAUCGAAGACCAGAAAGCUACUGUUGAGAAACUGGAGAAGAAGAUUGAGGUGGUGGAUAAUGAUCUAAGAGAAGCCGAUUGUCCGCGGACUAGGUGCCUUGGGAAGGAUCGUUUCUGCAAUCGAUACUGGUGGUUCGAACGCAACGCGAUGCCGUAUGGCGGCAUGCCCAACAGCUCAACAGCGGAGGCUCAUUAUGCAAAUGGUCGCCUCUGGGUCCAGGGUCCUGAUGAGAUGGAGCGCGUGGGAUUUAUCGACGUGCCGGACGAUCAGCGGAAACAGUAUCAGAAAGAAUUUCACACUACCCCUGCAGAGCGGAAGAAGAACGAGGAAGGGCCUACCAGGCUUUCCACUGCCCACGAAUGGGGCUAUUAUGAUGAUCCAGACGUGAUUGACAAAUUGAUCGACUGGUUGGAUCCACGAGGUAAUCGCGAGUCCAGACUACGCAAGGAGCUCCAGCUGCAGCGCGACCAUAUAGUCAAAUACAUGAAGUGCCGGAAGAAGUACCUGGAGCAGACAGCCGAACGAGCAGAAUCUGAGGAGCUGCAGACAAAGCGAAUGACAACGCGGAACAAGACCUACGUGGACGACCACAAGCAUCGCUGCUUGAAAUGGCGGAACACGACAGCCCUGUCGGAGAACGGCCAUCUACAUGUUGACCCUUCACGGCCCUCAAAACGGGCCAAGAGAGUGACGGACGAAUCUAAGGAGAUUAAGGCGACAAGUCGGCAGGGCAAGCCGCUGACUCGGCAAGGUACGCGCUACAAUUUCUGA